GUCAGCAAGUUGGAAAGAGAGAAAAAUCAGGAAGUUAAGCAGAUCAAAGAACACGAACAGCAUAAAAGCACAGUGGUGGUAACAGAGCUCAAAGUCAAACUUCAUGAAGAGAAAAUGAAGGAGCUCCAAGCUGUUCGAGAAGCACUUUUGAGACAGCACGAAGCUGAACUUCUUAGAGUAAUAAAAAUUAAAGAUAAUGAAAUCCAGAGGCUACAAACCCUUCUCAAUGCUGUACGUGACGGGGCUCCUGACAAGGUGAAAACAGUGCUGCUCACAGAGGCGAAGGAGGAGGCCAAGAAGGGAUUUGAAGUAGAGAAAAUAAAAAUGCAGCAAGAAAUUUCAGAGCUGAAGGGGGCUAAGAAACAAGUGGAAGAGGCUUUAACGAUGGUCAUCCAGGCUGACAAAAUCAAAGCAGCAGAGAUAAGGAGUGUGUAUCACCUGCAUCAAGAGGAAAUCAGCAGAAUUAAGAGGGAGUGUGAGAGAGAAAUUCGCAGACUGAUGGAGGAGAUUAAGUUUAAAGACAGAGCAGUCUACGUGCUGGAGAGAGAGUUAGGGGUUCAAGCCGGGCAUGCUCAGAGACUGCAGCUCCAAAAGGAGGCUUUAGAUGAACAACUGUCCCAGAUCAAAGAGUCUGAUCGGCAUCUGAGCAGCCCCAAGCGGGAACUUCCUUAUGCAAGUGGUGCAGGAGACGCUUCAGAUCAUUCGGGAAGCCCCGAACAGCAGUUGGAUGAAAAGGAUGCCCGGCGUUUCCAACUCAAAAUUGCGGAGCUGAGUGCCAUCAUCCGGAAGCUGGAGGACCGGAACGCGCUGCUGUCGGAGGAGAGAAACGAGCUGUUAAAACGUCUUAGAGAAGCUGAGAGUCAGUAUAAGCCCAUUUUGGACAAAAAUAAACGCCUUAGUAGGAAGAAUGAGGAAUUGUCACAUGCCUUACGUCGAAUGGAAAAUAAAUUAAAAUUUGUAACGCAAGAAAAUAUAGCCAUGAGACAAAGAGCUGGAACAAUAAGGAGGCCGAGCUCUUUAAAUGACCUUGACCACAGCCAGGAAGAAAGAGAAGUUGAUUUCCUGAGACUGCAAGUCAUUGAACAGCAAAAUAUCAUUGAUGAGCUCUCCAAGACACUGGAAACUGCUGGGUAUGUGAAGAGUGUCAUGGAACGUGAUAAGCUGUUAAGGAUUAGGAAGCAAAGGAAAAAAAUGACAAGAAUUCCUAAGAAGCCAGUUGUGGAGACGUUUUUUGGCUACGAUGAAGAAGCUUCUUUGGAGUCUGAUGGUUCCUCUAUCUCGUAUCAAACUGACCGGACAGAUCAAACCCCUUGCACUCCUGAAGAUGACUUGGAAGAGGGCAUGGCCAAGGAGGAGACAGAACUGCGGUUCCGGCAGCUGACGAUGGAGUACCAGGCUCUGCAACGAGCUUACGCCCUAUUGCAAGAACAGGUCGGAGGAACAUUGGAUGCAGAACGAGAAGUUAAGACACGUGAGCAGCUCCAAGCAGAAAUACACCGAUCUCAGGCUCAGAUAGAAGAUCUGGAGAAGGCACUUGCAGAGCAGGGACAGGACAUGAAGUGGAUUGAGGAGAAACAAGCAUUGUAUAGAAGAAAUCAAGAACUGGUAGAAAAGAUAAAGCAAAUGGAAGCUGAAGAAGCUCGCUUGAAACAUGAUGUCCAGGACGCUAAGGAUCAAAAUGAACUCCUGGAGUUCCGGAUCUUGGAGCUUGAAGAGAGAGAGAGACGAUCUCCUGCCAUCAACUUCCACCACGGUCCUUUUACAGAAGGGAAAAGCCCCCUCCAAGUCUAUUGCGAGGCAGAAGGUGUCACAGACAUAGUCGUAGCAGAGCUGAUGAAAAAACUGGACAUUUUAGGGGAUAACGCCGUAAGUAAUCUGACCAACGAAGAGCAAGUAGUUGUCAUACAAGCAAGGACAGUUCUCACGUUGGCUGAAAAGUGGCUCCAGCAGAUCGAAGUGACGGAGUCUGCGCUGCAGCAGAAGAUGCUGGACCUGGAGAAUGAGAAGGAGCUGUUCAGCAAGCAAAAGGGCUACCUGGAUGAUGAGCUGGACUUCAGGAAACAGGCCUUGGACCAAGCCCACAAGCAAAUUCUGGAAUUAGAAGCCAUGCUCUAUGAUGCCCUGCAGCAAGAAGCUGGAGCCAAAAUUUCCGAACUUCUUUCAGAAGAGGAGAAAGAGAAGCUGAAGAGCGCCGUGGAGCAAUGGAAGCGGCAGGUGAUGAGCGAGCUCCGGGAGAGGGACGCCCAGAUCCUGCGGGAACGGAUGGAGAUCAUUCAGCACGCACAGCAGAGAAUUAAAGAGCUAGAAGAAAGAAUUGAAGGCCAAAAAAGACAAAUAAAAGAGUUAGAGGAAAAGCUUUCAUUCUUUGGUCAUAGUCCUUCAGGCCACAUGCAAAAGCCUACUAAGGAAGCUACAAUUGCUUCUACUGUUAUCAACAGGAAGGCAGCGUUGAUUACCAAGACAGAAAAAGAGACAUUGCCCUUUCAAAACCCCCAAAUCUCUCUCGUGUUUUGCUGCUGA